AUGGCAGAAAGUCGGCUUCGGUUCGGAACCCAGAGCUCUGCUGAUGUGAAAUUGUUCUUGUCAGGCCCAGGGGAUGAGAAGUACGGAAGAAAUCCAGUUUAUCUGCAUUCUCAGAUCCUCAAAAGAUUGAAAUGUUUUCAAAGCAGAUUUUCCAACCGCUGGUCAUCGGAUAAAUCAACCGAAAUGCGGGUAACUACUUCUCAUAACUUUGAUCACUAUUUAAAAUGCAUUGAAAUCAUGUAUGGUGAGCAUGUGGAUUUCCUCAGUAUCAAGGAAUGCCUGGCAAUUCUGUUAGUUGCUUCUGAAAUGUCGGCUGAUGAGUGCAUCAACAAAUGCAUGCGAUAUUUGGAAGCAGUUCGUUGGAGUGCCGAGGAGAAGAUGCAAAUUCUGAAAGUGCUCUCUUGUGAGGGAUUGAAACUGAAAAUUUUACCAGAUUUAGAUGCCAGACUUCAUUGGGAUAACGACGAUGACCAUAUAAAUUUUGUGGAGAAGAUUAUCCAAGAAAUGGUGUCUCUUAUUAAAUGCAGCGGCUUGAGUUCAUACAGAAAUCUAGAAACUGUGGAGAAAGAUUUAAGAGGGAUGUUAGAGGGAAAUACGUCUAGAGAUGUGGUGGAAGUAUGUGGGCGUGUGCUUUUGCAAGAGUUCAAAGCAUCCGUCGAUUCUCGUGAUUUCUCAACUCUAACGCUGCUUUUUAAUCUUAUCCAACACUGUGAUGGAGGAAUACUCGAAGCUGCACUCAAGGCGUUUUGUGAAGAUGUAGAAUUUAUGAAAGAUGCAAACAAUUUACCCUGUACUGAAGCUGUAUUCGACAUUAUAAUGUGGUUUAUGAAGGCCACAGGAGACGGAAAGAUAAUAAUUUCACGAGCUUCUCGAGUUUCUUUUCUCACAACUUGGCUUCCAAUCAUUGGAACAUUCAAUUACAAUAGGCCAUUCAGAAACCAUAUCUCCCCAAUUAAAAAAUUGAAGGAGUUUGAUAAAGCAGUGCUUAGCGUGGUUUUGAGCCUCCCUCAGGUAGACCAGAAACGUAUUUGCGUAUUAUUGGUAGAGGUUUACAAAUUGAAUAGGAUCGACAUGGCUAUGCCAUUCGCUUUGUCUAAAUUUCUGCUGAAAUGUGCCCAUUCCAAAUCUACAGCAAUGUAG